UGUAAGUGCUUUGUUCAGCAAUACCAGGGGCCCUGAGUAAAGCAAGGAAGGGAGAUAACUCCUGCCUGGCACUGGAGGGAGUGUGCUGCAGGGGUACGGCUGCAACAACCCUGCACGGGGGCUUCUGAAAGGAGGUGUGAAGAACUCCAGAGAGCUGAACCAUUAACAAUGGCUGCCUCAUAUCACAGAGGAUUAUUCAGCCAGAAAUUAACUAGGAGCCAGGAGGCCCUUUGCAAGGAUGGAACGUGCCCCCCAGGGAUGACAGAACCGCUGGGAGCCGAGAUGGGGGAGCAGGCGGAGGCGGUGGUGAUCACGCCGGCCAUGCUGAAGGAAGAGGAGCAGCUGGAGGCGGCGGGGCUGGAGCAGGAGCGGGAGAUGCUAGAGAAGGCUCGAACUUCUUGGGACAGGGAAUCAAGUGAAAUGCGCUAUAAGAGGCUUCAACAUUUGCUUGAAAAAAGCAACAUCUAUUCCAAAUUCUUGCUAACCAAAAUGGAACAGCAGCAGCUAGAGGAACAGAGGAGGAAAGAGAAGUUAGAAAAAAAGAGAGAGAUGAUGUUAAAAUCUGCCAAGGGUCAAAACCCAGUUGAUGGCAAAGAGGAGAAAUCGGGUGCAAAAAAGAAGAGAGGAAGAGAAGAUGGGACAUACAACAUAUCAGAAAUUAUGUCCAAAGAGGAAAUAUUAUCAGUGGCAAAAAAAAGUAAAGUGGAAAAUCAGGAUGAAAGCUCUGCUGACAACCUGCAUCCAGCGGACCUGCAGAAAAACGGAGACUCAAACAGUGUCAUUAAGGACAGGUUGUGUCAGGCUGUUCGACACAGUGCCAAGCAAUUUCUUGAUCCAGUGCGAAAGUUUAACGGACAGCCAGUGCCUUUUCAGCAGCCAAAGAUUUUUACUGGUGGUGUCAUGAGGUGGUACCAAGUGGAAGGCAUGGAGUGGCUAAGGAUGCUUUGGGAAAAUGGUAUUAAUGGCAUUUUAGCUGAUGAAAUGGGGCUGGGGAAGACAAUCCAGUGCAUUGCAACAAUAGCACUGAUGGUGGAGCGAGGGGUCCCUGGUCCAUUCUUAGUAUGUGGUCCUUUGUCUACUCUUCCAAAUUGGAUGUCUGAAUUCAAGAGAUUUACUCCAGAGAUUCCACUGAUGCUCUAUCACGGAGCUCAGCAGGAGCGUCGCAAACUGGUUCGUAAAAUCCGCGGCAGACAAGGAUCACUGCAAAUCUACCCUGUGGUCAUUACUUCCUUUGAAAUAGCAAUGCGAGACAGAAGUGCCCUGCAGAACUGCUACUGGAAGUAUCUCAUAGUAGAUGAAGGUCACAGGAUCAAAAAUAUGAACUGCCGCCUUAUCAGAGAAUUGAAACGAUUUAACGCAGACAAUAAACUCCUGUUGACUGGCACUCCCCUGCAGAACAACUUGGCAGAGCUUUGGUCAUUGCUUAACUUCCUAUUGCCAGAUGUGUUUGAUGAUUUGAAAAGCUUUGAAUCCUGGUUUGAUAUUACCAGCAUUACAGAAACUGCUGAAGAUAUUAUUGCUAAAGAAAGGGAGCAAAACAUCUUACAUAUGCUGCAUCAGAUUCUGACACCGUUCUUACUGCGAAGGCUGAAAUCAGAUGUUGCUCUCGAGGUCCCUCCUAAACGAGAAGUUGUGGUGUAUGCGCCGCUGGCAAAGAAGCAGGAGACUUUCUAUACUGCCAUUGUCAACCGCACCAUUAGGAAACUGUUUGGGAAUAAUGAGGAAGAAGUCAUUGAGUUGAGCCCUGCAGGCCGACCAAAACGCCGUAGUCGGAAAGUGGUUGAUUAUUGUGAAGAACAUAAUGGUUCACCUGAUGACUUGGAAAAAUUAAUCAGCAAAAUGCAAGAGGAAGUAGAAAAAGAGAGGCCAGUGGUAGAAGUGAGCAUUCCAAUGGAUUCUGAGGUGAACCUUAAACUGCAAAAUAUUAUGAUGUUAUUGAGGAAGUGUUGUAAUCACCCCUAUCUUAUUGAAUAUCCUUUGGAUCCUGCGACACAGCAAUUCAAGAUUGAUGAAGAUCUAGUAAAGAAUUCAGGCAAGUUUCUACUCUUGGACCGAAUGCUUCCAGAACUUAAAAAGAGAGGACAUAAGGUCUUGCUGUUCUCACAAAUGACUAUGAUGCUUGACAUUUUGAUGGAUUACUGUUACCUGAGAAACUUCAAAUUCAGUCGAUUGGAUGGCUCUAUGUCGUACUCAGAGAGAGAAGAAAAUAUGCAUCAAUUUAAUACCGACCCUGAAGUCUUCCUGUUCUUAGUGAGCACGAGAGCUGGAGGCCUGGGCAUUAACUUAACUGCGGCAGACACAGUUAUCAUCUAUGACAGUGACUGGAACCCCCAGUCAGACCUGCAGGCCCAAGACAGGUGUCACAGAAUUGGCCAGACAAAGCCAGUAGUUGUUUAUCGUCUUGUGACAGCAAAUACUAUUGACCAGAAGAUUGUGGAGAGAGCUGCUGCCAAGAGGAAGCUGGAGAAGCUGAUUAUCCAUAAAAAUCAGUUUAAAGGUGGCAAAUCUGGUCUAGCACAGUCAAAAAGCUGCCUGGACCCUCAGGAAUUGUUAGAAUUACUGAAAUCCAGAGACUAUGAGAGGGAGGUUAAAGGAUCUAAAGAAAAAGUAAUCAGUGAUAAAGAUCUAGAGUUACUUUUGGAUAGAAGUGAUCUUAUUGAUCAAAUGAAGGCCUCUGAAAAAAUGAAAAAGGAAAAAAUGGGUGUCUUCAAAGUCCUAGAAGAGUCAUCAGAGUCCAAUGCAGAAUGUGUGUUUUAAUAAGCAAACGUGGCCUCUAAGUAGUCUUUCAGCUCUUCCAGAGAUGUCACUUAUGCUUGCUGGUCCUUGAUGCUGACCUUCCUUAAGGCCUUGUUCAAAUCCCUUGUGUUCUUCCAGUGAAUUUUAACAUGUUCUAGACUAUAAUGCAGGUGAUAGUGGUAGCUUUAGUAGGCUUUCAUAAAGAAAAUGAGCAUGUUUCACAUUUGCAGCUAGUUCUUGUACUCAGUGGUAUAAACUGGCAAAUUUGUUUAAAAAAUCUUCCUGUGGAAGUCCUAAACCCCUGGUUUUUAGUUGUUUUUGUUUAAAUAUGGUGUCAAUUAUAGUUUUAUUUGGAAUUGAGAGAAGACGUACCUUCAU